AUGUGGAUUGUUCUGUUACUGUUGACAUUGUCCAAGUUCAUCGUGGGAGAGCCUCCCUGGUGGAAUACAGCAGUCUACUACAGGAUAUUGCUGGAUUCCUUCAAAGACGCGGAUAGUGAUGGACUAGGUGAUUUGAAUGGAGCCACAAAGCAGAUAAGUUAUGUUCGAGCUUUGGGGGCAGAUGCUGUAAUAAUGUCUCCUUUAUCAGUUAAGAGCACCGACUGCUCCAAGCCUGGAGUCAUAGAUUUAGCAGAAAUUGAUGUAAGAUACGGCACUCUUAAUACUCUUAAUGCUUUUCUGGAGAAAGUCAAUAAGCUAGAACUAAAGGUGGUGAUCUCCUUACCUUUACAAACAAUCAGCACUGCGUCCGAAUGUUUUAAUUCGAGUGCUGAUAAGAUUGUCGGUUACGAAGACAGAAUAGUUUGGCAAGAUGGGACCGGUAACGAUAUACCACCGCUUCAAAACGGUAUCGACGAUUGGAUUUGGCACGAAAACAGAGCUGCAUAUUAUGGAGUACGUGAUAAUGAAGCAAUCCUGAAUCUAUGUUCCGAAGCAGUAGCAGCUGCUCUGGCUUCAGCUCAAUGUGCUUGGCUACGAAGAGGUUUCUCGGGCGUCUUACUCAAUCCCGAUUAUGAAUAUGAUCAAAAUUGUGCAUGGAAAUUGGUACAAAAAAUGGCUGCUGAGGCAAUAAUCUGUGCAAGAUCGUCUAAUUUGGAGAUUCCAGUCAUACUCGUUGAAUCAUCCCUCGAUGCUGAAAACGCAAGCAAAUAUUAUGGCGAUGGGGGAGUGGGGGCGAACAGUGUUCUGAGUACAGCUUUGACGUUUCCAACUAAACAGUCGUCGCCCGGAUUAGCAUUAUCAAUUCAUGCCACUCUCUUAUAUACUCCAAGAGAUUCGUUUCCCACAUGGACAACAAGCAUGCCAUAUGAAAGCCGAAUAACAACACGAUAUGGCGGCGACAGUGUGGAUGCUAUAAAUCUCCUUGCAUUGAUGUUACCAGGAGCGGCGGUAAUACAACAAGGAGAUGAAUUAGGAGUAGCAGAUACAAUCCUGGAAUGGGCCUCUUCCAAUGCCACAUGCUGGCCAAGUAGGCUACUACCGUCAUCAGCACCAUUUCCUUGGAGCGACGCCGCAAAUGGAGGCUUCACUAGCGGAGAGCCUUGGUUACCCUUAGCUCCCAACUAUAGAUAUGCAAAUGCUAAAUCUGAAUUUGUUAACGAUAAUAGUCACGCAGGAGUAUUAAAAGUGGCCGCUGCAAUGAGAAAAUCUCCAGCUAUGGGGCCACAUGUUGAAAUCAAACGAUUGGGAGAUGCAAUAGCUGUACUUAGAUGGGGUGGCCAUGGAUCUCUUUUACUCGUGGCUAAUCUAGGCAAAAUGCCAUCAGAAGAAAAACUCUCAGCCUUUUUUGGUCUGCCAAAUGAGAUAUCUGUAGCGGCCAGCUCCGCGAGCUCAAGUUUCCCUGUUCGAGCGCAGGUGGCCGUUGACAAAUCGUUUAAAUUGACCCCUGGGGAGACACUCCUAUUGGCUGGAGGGCCGAGGCACUGCGGGGGACCAGGCCCCGUCGACAAAAUUGCCAACAAAUUGUCGGAGGGUUGGCAAAAGAUAAACAAAUACUUCAGUAUGCUCGCUAAAAAUGAGUUACUUAAGCGGUACUUACAGAACUUGCUCUUCUCGGCAUGGCUGAGCGUCGCGGCUAGCAACGCUGUGAGCAGAGCGGGCAGCGCACUCGCCCUCAUGUCGGGCGGCGCGGGCGUACGGAGCCCGGCGCGGCGCGGACUGUCGGCUCGGCCGACGCCGGCUAUCGACCGUGCGCGCGCACACGCAUGCGCACCAUGCACCGACGCCACAACGAGGGUUGCCGCGAUACAAAACACUAUGGGAACUAUUGAGAACCACUUUUUUGAAAAUUUUAUUAAUCUGUACCAAUAA